AUAGUGGGAGAUAAUUAAUUAAAGGCCUAAUUAAUUAUUAAACAUGAUAGAUAACCUAGUUUGCAAAAUUUUCUGUAGAUGGCAAACAACAACAACCCUUUCAACCUGCGUUACAUCCUGGAAAACAACAAGUUAUCCGGGACCAACUUUCUUGACUGAGAGAUGAACCUCUUAAUCGUUCUUAACUGUGAGAGGAAACUCUACAUCCUCGAAACGGAUCCUCUCAAGACCCCUGAUGCUAAUGCUCGUGCGUCUGAACUCACUUCCUUCAAGAAGUAUGAGGAUGACGCGCGAGAUGUAAAUAAGUUGGGGGCUAAAUCUGAUAAAGUAAUUUUUGGGGGAUACCCCAAGGAAACUAGAGGGUAUGAGUUCUAUCAUCCAUCCAAUAACAAAAUCUUUGUUGCUCGGAAUGGAACCUUCCUUGAGAAGGAGUUUCUUUCUGCUAUCACUAGUGGGAGAAAGGUAGACCUCGAAGAAAUUCGAGAACCACAAGAAGAAGUCCCGAUAGUGUUGGAACCUGAGCAAAGAGAUCAAGCAAUUGAACCUCAAAUUGCUCAAGAUAUACCACGUAGCAUGUCUAUCUCAAAGAAAAGAUCUUUACCUAUGACACCUGGCACGGUUCUUUCCAAGAGCCAGAGUCCUUCUACUCCUGAGCAGAAGGAACUCAUGAUGAAGGUUCCAUACGCUUCUGCGAUUGGAUCCAUCAUGUACACCAUGAUAUGUACUAGACCUGAUGUCUCAUUCGCUUUAAGCGUGACCAGCAGAUAUCAGGGAAGUAUAGGGGAAGCACACUCGACAGCGGUCAAGAACAUCCUCAAGUAUCUUCGCAAUACUAAGGAUGCAUUCCUGGUAUACGGUGGUGAGGAAGAGCUAAAGGUGGUCGGUUACACUGAUGCUAGCUUCCAAACCGACAGAGACGAUUCAAAAUCACAAGCAGGAUAUUUGUUUUGCCUAAAUGGCGGAGCUUUUAGCUGGAAGAGCUUCAAGGAGGAUACAACCGCGAUUCGACUACAGAGGCUGAGUACAUACCUGCUGCCGAGGCAGCUAAGGAAGCUGUUUGGAUCAAGAAGUUCAUUACUGAACUUGGAGUGGUUCCUAGUAUUAAUGACCCUAUGUCGUUGUUUUGCGACAACACUGGGGCCAUUGCACAAGCACAGGAACCGCGAUCUCACCAGAAAACCAAACAUAUGGUACGACGCUAUCACAUCAUACGAGAAAUCGUAGACAGAGGAGAUGUGAUGAUUUGCAAAGUAGAUACUGACGACAACAUAGCCGAUCCCUUGACCAAGCCUUUAGGAAAGCUAAAGCAUGAGGGUCACACUAGGUCCAUGGGCAUUCGACCGAUGCCAGAUUGGCCAUAGUGCAAGUGGGAGAUUGUUGGAGUUGUGCCCUGAUGGCCAACUGUUUAUCGUUAUUCUAUCGUGUAUAGGUAGAUAUAAUAUGUUUACACAUCUCAUGCUAAUGUAAACAAAUAUUAUAUUCCUAG